AUGGCGGCGGCUCUCACCUCAAAUUCCUUCCUCCCGACCACCCCGGCUCCCAGCCCGAGAUCCCACCUCAAGAACCGGCGGCAAGCCGUGAUUUUAGCUAAGCGGGCCGGGCCGUUCGCUAAACGGGCCGAGAGUGGGGAGGCCGACCAGGACUCGAAUCCUCCCGCCGCCGUCGGAUUUUUUGACCUGCGCAAGUUGGCCCAGGAUGUCAAAUCCCUAGUCCCGGCGGUGGCGGCUGACCCAACUUCCGGGCUGAGUUUCGGCGGGCAGAGGCGUAAGGACCCAGGUACGGUGUUUGUGGCGGGCGGGGCCGGACAGGCUGGCAUCCGCAUUGCGCAAGCCCUUUUGCGUCGGGGUUUCAGUGUUCGGGCCGGAGUCCCUGACCUUGGUGCUGCUCAGGAGCUUGCUCGUUUGGCGUCCGACUACAAGAUCAUCUCCGGCGAAGAAUCAAAACGGCUCAACGCGGUUAGCUCCGACUUCGAAGACGCGGAAUCGAUCGCAAAGGCAAUUGGCAAUGCGAGCAAAGUCGUCGUGACAAUCGGCCCGUCGGAAAAUGGGCCCACGGCUGAAGUCACGGCUUCCGACGCGCUUCAAGUCGUCCGAGCUGCACAGCUGGCAAAGGUCGGCCACGUGGCAGUAAUCUACGACUCCUCCUCGGGACCCGUGUCCACCUACAAUGUCCUCGACGGCAUCUCGUCGUUCUUCAACAACCUCUUCGCGAGGUCUCAGCCUCUGACAGUUGCGGAGUUCUUACAAGAGCUCGUGAAGAUCGAUGUAAGCUACACGCUCUUUAAGACCAAGCUGACGGACGAUUUUGCCCUCGAGGGCUCGUACAAUGUUGUUGUGUCGGCUGAAGGAGGUGCUCCUGCUUCGGCAGCUGCCAACGACUACAAAGUUACAAAGUCGCAGAUAGCUUCGCUUGUGGCCGACGUUUUCUCCAACACGGCCGUUGCGGAAAAUAAGGUUGUUGAGGUCUUCACUGAUCCAUCAGCAGUCUCAAAGGAAAUUGCAGAAGUCCUCAGUACCAUCCCAGAGGACAGUAGACGAAAGGAGUAUGCCGAAGCCCUCGCGAUAGCAAAAGCUGAGGAGGAAGCCAACAAAGCCUCCGAACAAGCCGAGAUCGCCAAGAAUCUCGAGGAGCAAGAAUCUCAGGCUUCCAGCCUGGCAACCGAGGCCCAGAAGAAAGUACAAUCAGCCGCAGAAGCCUCAGUCGAGAGCUUCUUGACCCGUGCCAAAGGCGUGACCUCGUCUUGGGAGAAUCUGAGUUCGCAGAUCAAAUCGGCCGUCCAGAAGACAGCCAAUGGGCCUGAGCCUAAAGUGCGGGUGGCCACUGUAAGGGGACAGGCCAAGGCCCGUUCGCUGCCCUCUGUGAAGGCUGUUGUGAAAAAACCGAGCUUCAAACCAAAGAAUGUCUCGAAACAAAAGGAUAAUAAGACGACCGAGACGAGAAAGGUUUUUGGAGGGUUGUUCAAGCAGGAAACUAUCUAUAUUGAUGAUGACUAG